AUGUCACACUCCAAACGCAACACAUCGCUCGCCUUCUUCACGGCUCACGAACGCAGCCAAGUUCGCGCGCACUGGGGCUCGCAGUCCACACGACUGACACGCGACAGCUUCCUGCCCUUCGGGCACUGCCGACUAUGUCUGGGCAUCGCACGCGACCCGGUGACCUGUGGGGGCAUCAGCGUCAACAUCAAUAGCAAUACCAAUAAAGACUCGUCAUUAUCACCAACAACACCAAAAGUCCACAUCUUCUGCCGCGAAUGCGCGCUCAAUGACCUCGUCGCGCAGAUGAGGGAGAUCAAGCGCGUAGAGAAAUCUAACGAGGAGAGGGAGCGGGACGAUGCCGCGCGCAAGGCGGAGGAGGCAGAGGAGAAGCGGAGGCGGGAUGUUGAGGGGUUUGAGCGCGCGAACUUAUUGGGUUUUGGGCCUGCCGAUGCCGCGGCGAUUGCGAAUGGGUUGGGGAAGCGGAAGAGGGAGGCGAGGGAACUGCAUUCCUCUUCGUCAGCAAACGCCAAGCGGAUAGAGAAGGACGGACACGCCGACAGAAAGACAGAGGACGACGACGACCAGGACUCGAACCACCGGGAGAAAAAGACCAAAUCCUCCGAAGCGAGUUUCUGGAUCCCCUCGACCAACAGCAACGAAACCAACAACCACCGCAUCAAAACACACGCGAAGAAACAUCCGAUCUGCCCCGCCUCGACGCCGACAACACAACACACCUACAGCCUGAAGACGCUCAUCACCGUGAACUUCAGCGAAGAGGGCUCGGCAGACGACCACGACACCCCUGCGUCAUCAGCUACCAGUACUUCCACCACGACCAAGACGCGCAUCUGCCCGUCCUGCCGGAAAGCACUGACGAACACGUCGCGGGCGAUGCUCGGCUCGGCCUCUGCGGCAGCUGCUUCGCCUUGCGGCCACGUCGUGUGCGGCAGCUGCGUGGAUCUCUUCCGGAGCGUGCCUUCUUCGUCUUCGGCUCUGUCCGGGGAGAAAUCGGCAUCGAAACCGCGGCGGGAAAUACGAUGCUAUGUCUGUGAAGCGGAUCUCAGUGGCGCUGGUGCUGGUGCUGGUGUUGAGGUUGGGGCUGAUGUUGAGAAGGAGAAUGGUUCAGCAGAGCAUGAUGGAAAGGGGAAGAAAGGCAAGGGGAAGGGGAAGUCGAAAUUGGGUCGUGCUGGGAGGUUACUCGAGAUCAGCUGUGAGGGAACAGGGUUUGCGGGCGGGGGUGCGAAUAUGGCCAAGAGGGAGGGUGUUGCUUUUCAAUGUUGA